GCCGGAAGACGUCAAGUGCCUUGGCUAUUCCUGGCCACGGCGUGUUGGCACUCCCACCAGAGAGAGACGGGCAGAGCACAUGAAGCUGACCCACGGCGAAGGGCUGACCUGGUGCAAAUUCCUUCUCACGGAUGUAUUAGAAGGGAAUCUCUCAGACAACGGGCUCCCGUUAAAAAUGUCCUCAAGCUACGGCGCCGUUCUCUCGGCCCUGGUCUCCGCCGCCUCCUGCGAUGGGCCUCCCCGACCGAGCGUCCUUUCCGGCCCCGAGCCCCGGGCCCCGACCCCGGCUCCUCCGGUCCGACCGCGUCUUGCCCCGCCCGAGCCCGCGGGCUCAUGCCACCAAGAGGAGAACCCGGCAGACUACGGCUUAGGCGGUUAUUAUCCUGUAGAAAUCGGAGAGAUUUUGGAGAAGCGAUACCAGGUGGUGAAAAAGCUGGGAUGGGGUCACUUUUCCACCGUAUGGCUCUGCUGGGACAUGGUGAGAAGGCGUUUUGUGGCUCUCAAGGUGGUGAAGAGCGCUCGCAUGUACACGGAGACGGCAAAGGAUGAGAUCAAACUUCUGAAAUGUGUGAGGGACAGAGACCCCAGAGACCCCAACCGUGAGAACAUCGUGCACCUCAUCGAUGACUUCCGCAUGGCCGGAGUGAACGGAGAGCACGUGUGCGUGGUCCUGGAGGUGCUGGGCCAGCAGCUCCUCAGGUGGAUCAUCAAAUCCGACUACGCCGGCCUUCCGCUCCCUUGUGUCAAAAGCAUCGUCAGACAGGUUCUGCGGGGUUUGGAAUACUUGCACACAAAGUGCAAGAUCAUCCACGCCGACAUCAAGCCCGAGAACAUCCUCCUGCGGGUGGACGACGCUUACGUUCGCAAACUGGCGGCCGGCACCAAACUGCGGCGAGCGCCAGAGCCCCCCGCCGACGAGCCGAAUAGCUCCAUGGCCAAACCGAAAAAGGGUUUGUCCAACUUAAUGGCGAGGCUGACCGGCGCCUUCCACAACAUUGGGAAUAGGUCGAGCGACUCGCACCUCAAACGACUGACGUGGACGCCGAGGAAGCGGCGAGCCAAGGCGACGGCGUCCGACUCCGGCCCAAAUCAAGCCAACGACGCCCUUGCGGAUGUUACCGGCGCCAAUGGCGCCACCUGUCAAUCGUGGCUUGCGACUUCUGACGUGGCAUCAAGGAGGCGGACCUUGCUGGUGUCCGACAGGCCGGACUCUCCCGGGCUGGGUCACCGAGGCUUCACCUCUUCGUUGCCGGACAUCGCCAAAGAAGCGUCCGCAUCUCCGUUUUUACACCAGACGCCAGACACGCAAUGCUCCCCUCACGAAGGCAUCGGUGAGUGUGAGGGGCCGCUUGACCUGCUGCUGCCACACAAUGCGGACAAGCUGUUCAUUAAGAUCGCUGACCUGGGCAAUGCUUGCUGGGUGUCCAAGCACUUUACGGAGGACAUCCAGACUUGUCAGUACCGCUCCGUGGAGGUCUUGAUCGGAGCCGACUACGGCACCCCGGCUGACAUCUGGAGCACCGCCUGCGUGGCUUUUGAGCUCGCCACCGGGGACUAUCUGUUUGACCCUCAGCCUGGGACCACCUUCUCCCGCGAAGAAGAUCACAUUGCGCACAUUAUCGAGUUGCUGGGACCUCUUCCAUCCAAGUUUGCCCUCUCGGGGAAAAAAUCACAAAGAUUCUUCAACCAAAACGGGCAACUGAGGCGCAUCUCAAAGCUGAAGCCGUGGAGCUUGUCGGAAAUUCUGCUGGACAAGUACCGGUGGCCGCGGGACCAAGCGGCGCAGUUCAGCUCCUUCCUGUCCACCAUGUUGCAUCUUCAGCCCCACAAACGAGCCACGGCGGCUCAAUGUCUGAAACACCCAUGGCUCGCCAGCUAACUCGUCCGCGAGCUAACUCUCGGUGUGCUGUGCUGCCAGCGUGGUUUGCAAUGUUUGCGUCUUUGCGGCGGUCCUUCCGGAUGUGGACGGAAGGACCCAACUCAAGUUUGUUUUCGAUGACUUAAAAAGGCCUUUGUGGUUUGAGUGUGACAGAAGACCGCCUGUGCGCUUGCGCCUCCGACCGGCUGGCAUUUUGUAUCCAAAGCAAGCGACGCCGCUCGCCAAAUAAAUCUGUUUGUGCUGAGGAUGAGGAGGAGGAGCUGCUCAGUGUGAGUUUGUGCGCGGGCCAAGCAACACGCUGCGAUACGGUCUUAGCCGCAUUCCUUGCUUGCUCCCAGUAAGCCGCGCUCAGAGAGGCGAGCGCGUGGAAGCGAGGCGGGCGCGCAUCAAAUGUGAAAGCGGGUGGAUGUGGACAUCUGUCAGCGCAAACGACUUCUGCGGGCCGUUCCAUUCCCACGCGUGAGUAUGGCGACCUGUUGGCUUCAACGUCGAGAGUUUUGCCUUUGUGAGAGAGUCGACGUCGUGGCCGGCUUGAUUACUGCUCCAACGCUGGCUCCUGUCAGACUGUUUAGUCGUUUGCGUGUCAAAAUAAAGACAUUUUUAAAAA